AAUAUUAGAAAAAAAAAAAACAACGUGGCGGUUGCAAGUGGAGGAGGCGAGCGCUUUUGUCUCAGAUUUGCUUGAAAUCUUAAGAAUUGUAAACAAGAACAAACACGCCUCUCUGAAAGUCGUGAAAGAAAGAAAGAAUGGGAAUUCCGUCUGAGAUGAGAGACAUAUGGGUUAACAACCGCAAAAACGCUCUGCUGAUUCAGUCUCCAUUUGAAGACCAGAUUCAACAGAAAGCCCUCAGGGCCAAAACUUGCACCCAAGAGGGCGCUCGUAAGGGAUUCAAGGCAGCUUGCAUUUGGGGUGCUGUCAGCGCUGUGCCUACAUUGACUGCUGUUCGUAUGAUUCCUUGGGCAAAGGCUAAUCUCAAUUAUACUGCUCAAGCACUGAUAAUAUCUGCUGCAUCCAUCGCCGCGUACUUUAUCACAGCUGAUAAAACUAUAUUGGAGUGUGCUAGAAAGAAUGCACAGUUGCAACAAGCCUUGAGCCGCCAGCAGUGAUAUCAUGCAGCUGUAACUCGAAAUGAUAUGAAUACCAUCCAGUGACUUAUCAUGGCACAUGAUGGUGCGGCUUGUUCUGCAUGGCAGAGGAUUCUGUUUUGUGUAUUAACUGCACCCCACCUUUUCCCUUAUCUUCUGUUUGACCAAGGAAGAAUUGUGUGUUUCUUAAUGCUGGGGUUCAGUACUGUUAUAAGGUUUUGAGUUUGUUAAUGUGCAUUGUGUUCAUAUCAGUGGCGAGUUAGGCGUUUCCUCAACAUUUAUAACUUGCUGAUCUUUUUCAUUUCUGAAGUUAAAGAGAUUUGUAAGUAACAUGGCCAAAGAAAGAACCGAUGCCAUAAGCGCACCGUGAUUUC